AUGGAAGGAGUAGGAAAAUGGCUGUCUACUGAAGACCGAACAAAUUGUGAGGUUGUGGGCUUUGUUCCACAAGCAAGGAGGUACUUGAACAUGAACCAGGUUCUUCAGUUGGGUGGAGUAAAGGAAUCCAUUCCAUAUUCAUACCCCCAGUUACAACAGAAACACUUUAAUGGAUGCAUUCGCAGUCUCAUUGUGGACACUCAGCUGUAUGACCUUGAAUCUCCAGCAGAGUCUCUGAAUAGCUCUCCUGGCUGCACCUUGACGGAUGGUAGUUGUGAGAAGAUGGGCUCCUCUCCAUGUGGCAUUCAUGGGAGAUGUCUUGGCGAGUGGAGCUCAUUUACCUGCCAUUGCUUGCCGGGUUACUAUGGUUCUAAAUGUGACAAAGUUGCUGAAGAAUAUUCAUUUGGGCCAGGGAGUUACAUUCGUUACCAGCUUUCUUUCACCACACCUUCUCGCAGAACACUGGUAGAGGCCAUGAUAAGGAUGCGAGAGCCCAACGGUAUCAUCAUGAGCAUGUCUUCCCGAAACAAGGAUGAACACAUCACCCUGCAGGUGGUCCUUGGCUUAUUAACAGUAUCUUACAACCUGGGAGAUGGAGCAUUUGCAGUUAGCCUUCCUUCCUAUCAAGUUGAUAAUGGAGAAUGGCAUCAAAUUUCCCUGGAGAGAAAUGAAGAUGAGUUCAUUCUUCGCCUGGAUGGAGGAGGCGGGAAGAGAGAAAUCUUGAAGGCAGCGGGAGUCUACAAAGAGAUCAUCCUUGAUCCCAACAGCUUGGUAGUUGGCAAUACACACCCUGUCAAUCAAAGCCACAGUUUCCAAGGAUGCAUGAAGGAUGUCAGGUUCAAUAACUACAGGCUACCUCUAGAUCCGUCCCUUAAGGAGCUGGUAUUGAGUGCUCAAGGAGUGAGAAAAGGCUGCCUCUCUGAAGCCUGCAAGAGUAAUCCUUGCAGCCAGCAGUUUAUAUGUAUUGACUUGUGGAUGAUGCAUGAGUGCAGUUGCCCUCCAGGACACAUGUUGGUGGAGAAUGCCACUGGCCGGCACUGCAUUUAUACAGCGUGUGCUCAGAGGCCAUGUAAUUUUGGCACAUGUAUCUCUCAGUCUGCAAGCAAGUUCCGAUGCCACUGUCCCGAUGGCUACUCAGGCCGUAACUGUGAAAUCACGCUGGCAAUCUUUCACAAGGAUGCUGGGCUGAGCUUCAGCUCCAUGUUUGCUAUCUGUAUUUGCUUUCUGGCCCUUCUAGUUCUGUUUAGUGGCCUUUUCCUUUGGAUUCGGUGGAAGAGCCACAAAAAUAAGAACGGAGUAGUUUAUCAUGUCACCACCUGCCAUGAUGACCUGGAGGACAUCCGAGAGAACAUCCUCAACUAUAAUGAAGAAGGGGGUGGCGAGCAAGAUCAAGAUGCAUAUAACAUGGCAGAGCUCCAGAUGUCCCUUCAAACCAGCCCGGCAUACUCUCUCUACAAGAAGAAAGGGAAACGGACAGAGCUGCAGAGUCCCUUGAGCUGUGAUUUCCACAUCAGUCCAAAGGAACAGCUGGAAGCUCUCUCAGCAGGAAAGGGCCCCUCCUUUUCUAGCAUCGAUUUUGGAUGUUAUCUUUCAGGUGUGGUAAGAAACAUGGACCAGCAGCACCACACUCUGCCCUGCGAUUCAUUGCAGGUGUUUUACACAGAAGGCGAAUGUUCAGAAGCUAGCAGCCUAAGUUCUCUUGGUUCCUCUGGAUGGGAUGAAGAUACAGUAUAUGGGGAUAUAAAAGAAUGGGGCCCCAAAUUUGAAAAACUCAGUGAACUGUAUUCACAUGCAGAGCCUGAUGACAUUUAGACCUAUCUGAUGCGAGAAGGACUCUUGAGGAUUUUUGUGGGGGUUUUGUUUACUUUUUUUGGGGGGUAAAGGUACUUUAAAUGUACUUUUGAUGAAACUGACUCUUCCUUGUGAGAUACAUUAAAGUCAGAAUCAAAGUGGGGACUAGGUGUCCCCUAUAGGACAUUGGGCUUUGAGUCCAGAAAAGCAGCAGUCCAAAAUGCAGAGGGCUGGGUGGGGGAUUGAAAACGGAAGCACUUUGGGUACAGUUGUCUUUUGAAGGGCAAGAUACAAGGGACAAAAUGGAACUGGAGUCAGACUAACAAACAAUUGAAGGAUGUAUGUAAAGAAACGACUGCUUUAUUGGUUCUAAGAAUGGAUACCUUUUUGGUAAGUCGCUUUCUGCGUGAAAAUCUGGAACAAAACCAUGGCUUGUUCUGAGCUGCUCCUGCAAUAAGUUGAAAAAACAGUUGUAUAUAAUGUUGGUCAAAUGGUAUCCUGGAUGGGAACUAACAUUUUUUUGAACUUUGAAGAUCCAUGCUAUGAACUUUCUGAUGGUUGUGUGGUUGCUUUUAAUGGCCAGAAUUCUCUAUUGCUGUCUACAUUACGUAACUGUACACAUACUUAGCCAUAUAGCGGAGGCACUAACAAACCCUGUUAAUGAAUUGUGAAGAUGCACAUUGGGAUACUGGAAAGAGUGUCGCAAUGUGCACUUGUCCCAUUGUGUACUGGUCACUUCACUGCCCCCUCUCCCAUGUAGUAAUGUCACAGCAGCCACUUGCUGAAUACGGACAUGGCAAAACUGUUCACUUCUGUUUCCCACAGAUGUGCAUCCUCUUAUGAAGAUCCAAGUCUUACUGAAUUGUGGUCAGUACAAUUCACCCCUUCCUCUCCUGUUGAGCUGGAUGGGACCCCUUGAGACCACCUUUAAAUAAAUAACUCACUGCCACCAGCCGUUGACUAACUGCGCCCACCUUAGCAACACAUUGGGAUUUUGCUGGGGAAUUCUACUGGCAUUUCACUUGCCAACCCAAGAAAGAACUGGCAAAAAUUUGAUGAUCUCUUACAGCACUUUCCUAGCCUUAGAGUGGGACAUUUCUUUUUCAUAGCUUCAUAAUCUGAGAAUCUUCAUUUGUUGUCAGGAAGAGGCGCAUUAGACAAGCAGAAGUGGUGUAGAGUUUUACCAUUAACAUUUUGCAUUUUGUUAAAAUUCGCAACACCCUGGAAAUAGGUGUCAUAAAGCAAUUUGUUUACAGCUUGUCUUGGUUGGGUCGGUGGAUAAAGUAGAAUGGAUUGUAACACUUUAGGCAGCAACUUGGGAUAUGAUAUUAGAAUGGUCUCUUUAUAUGGACUCCCCACUACGUGACAUACAAAUACAAAUGAAGGAGGCAGAGAGCUGGUUACAACUAUAGUAGUUUUCUUUCAUGAAGCUAUUUACAUAGGGGAGCAUUCAAAAUGGAGGUCUCUUCCCUGCCAGCCAAAAUGGUACAGUACAUUCUGUCAGUAGCAAUAGCAGGUACACCUGAUUAUAUAGGAAUACCAUACUACCUCUUUUUUUUUCUUUGUAACAGCCUUGGAACAUUUCCUUUUGCUAGCUGCCAACCCUUCUACCCCAAAAUGAGCCUUUUUAAGAAUCUCACAUCUUAAAUUCUUGUUUUAACCACAAAUUGGUUAACAAGACAAAUUAGGCUGUAGUUUCUACCCAAAGUGAACCGCAGAAUAAAUAGCAAAAAGAAUCCAGAAUGCUGCCUGGAAAAAGGCCCCAAACAGGAACCAUCCUUCAUUGAUCAUGGCCCAGACUAGGAUUUUUCUUCCUUGAGAAGGACAUAAAAAGCCUUUGAGAGCCAUUUCGAGGAGACUUUCUGUUAGAAUGAUGUUGUGGUACGAUUUCCUGUACGUUUUUUAGUCCUUUAAAAAUCCAUUUCUUUAACUAGCUCAAAUAGCAGUCCUGAUUUAUUUUUUGCUGAAACUCUAAUAUCUGAAGCGAAGAAGGCGGCCUCUGCAGUGCAUUUCAGUCUUCUUAUCACAUGUCUGCAUUUCUACUUAACCAUUCCACAUAAAUGCCGUGCAUUGGGCAAGGAAUCACUGCGGACUGAAAAUCUAAAGUUAGAUUUCAUUCUGCUGAUGUUUCCAGCCCUGAGCAACGUAUCCCAUUCCCAUGGCUUUGCGAAAAGGAGGUCUUCCGUUAUGAGUGCUCCUUAGAUUAUUCAUAUUUUUUCCCCAACAAAUUAGAGAUAACUUUAUGAGAAAAGUCAGAGAGAUGGGAAACCAGAAAAUGGAAGAUCAUUCAUGCACAAGGGAGGGAAUGAACAAGUGUACUGAGGGAGCAGUAAUGGAUAUUGAAGAGUCCUUGGCAAAACAUCAAGGAAUGUUUCCAAAAGUGUGCAUUAUGCCACAACGGAGAUCAGCAUUUUCAUAGCAAGCCAGAAAUACUCAAUUCCCCUCCAACUGCUACUUUUUUUUUUGUAUGACUGUUUUUUCCCCUCACCAUUAAUGUUGUUGAAAACGUACUCAUUUUGCAGAUGGUGGGAGAUUUUAAAGAGCAUACAAUCAUUGGUAUAAGUUUACGUUGGUAGGGUCCUUGAAGGUCAUUUGCUCUAACCCAGUUGUCCAUAAAAGAUUCAAUGAUGGAUGGAUGUCCAGUCUUUGAAGAGUUUCAGUGAAGCAUAGUGUACUCCUUCCAAGAGUACUAUCAAACAACUUCUGAUGAGUAGGAAGAGUUUCCCAGUGAGUACAUCUGCUUCAUCUGAGUGACAGACCAUCACAUAUUUGAAGAUAGUUAUCUUUACUAUUUUCCUGCAAUGGUGACUAGAGGUAGCUUCUUAAGGAGGAGUACUUACAAAUACCUAGAGAAGUGUUUUCUCUAGGAAUUUCUAGGUUCACCAGUGUGACUCUAUGGUCAGCAGAGUCACUUUGGAGGAUCUAGAGAGAACAUAUUUCAAAUACAUCAGAUACGCAAAAGUCAUAGCUGCAAAUGUAGAGGGCUGAUGGUAUUUAAAUCUUGGCAUUCACUCUCGAGGGGAAGGUUUAGCACAUCACAACUAAGGUUACCAGGGGAAAAACAGGGCAAGGACUCCUGUACCUUUAACAGCUGUGUAGAAGGUGAAAUUUCAGCAUGUGUUGCUUGUCAUGCAAAGUCUCCCUGCUGAAAUUACCUCUUUGAAGCAACCAUUAAAGGUACAGGAACCCUGUCCUGUUUUUUUCAUCUGGCAACCAAUGAGUGAAUGUGGUUUUCCUUCCUGUUGUUUAUUGUUAAAAAUUAUUUUGUCAGUAUUUUUCAUUCAUGCAGGUGGCAAACAGAUAUAGACACCACGAUAUGACCCUGAACACAUCCAGUCUCUGAUUCUGGAAGCUGAACAGGGUUGAGCCUGGUUAGUAGUUGGAUGGGAAACCAUCAGGAGAUACCAGGAAUUUCCAGGCAGGCUUAUAAAAACAUUCUGUCUAGAAAUCUGGAAUGCUAUUGUUGUCAGCCAGUGUUGACAAAACUGGUUUAGAUAGACUCAGAAUAAGGCAAUUUCCAAUGUUAUUAAAUUCAGAAGACCAGAAAUGAUGGCGGGCCAGAGCCACAUGGGGAGAAGGAAUCCAAUUUUCAUUUAUAUUGUUUUGUGGGCUGGGACAAGUGUAUUGUACGGAUAAGCUUUGUUUUGUAAUUGUGGCAGACUUGUUGUAGGAAAAACCAGUAGCAAAAUAUCCCUCUCCCAGACCUCUUUCCCCGUCUUAAAUCUAGACAUUACUCAGUGUGAAUGAUUUGCUUCUUAACCAUUCAUCUAAAUCUGAUCCACCCACAAUGUGAUAUGCUAUCAUUUUGAGUGCACUUUCAGUCCAAACUAGACUAUUUCUCUUGCCUGUAACAUGCUAUUUAUU